GGUCUUUUCCUUUAAUUAAUUAAUUAGCGUAAUUAUUUACCCAAUUAAAUUUCUAGGUCACUUCGGAAGUCCUUAAUUUACUUGUAUCAUAUCUUCUAUAAAAUUUAGGCCAAGUUGCAUUAUGUUCCAUCACAGAGAGAGAGAGAAAUUAAGGAAGGUAGAGGUGUCUCCUCUAUUUAGGCACUUUAAUUUGCCUUAUAAUACAUAUAUAUAUAACGUUCUUUUCUUUAGGCUGAGCCAAAAUCAGAAAGAUGUGUUUUGAAAACAGCAAGAAAUAUUUUUCUGUUUGAAGUAUUUCUAGUCAUUCUCAAUUAUUAAAACUGGAUUAUUUCCAAAGCUCCAAAUAACCAUAACUUCUUCUCAAAAAAAAAAAAAAAAAAAAAAACAUACAUAGCUUUCAUACCGUUUUCUGUUUAGAAAAACGGUUUCCACUAAGCAGUCUAAGCUAAACCCAGGUCAACAUAAAAAAAACAUACGCAGCUUUGAUUCUGAUUGUGUCAUCUUCUUGGAUCUUCUACUUUUAGCCAACAAAACAAACCCAGAAAAAUGUUCGAGUCAAACACCAAUGAAGCUUGUGAUACUGAGGCUCAGACUUUGGGUGCUGGCUUACUCAUUACCACCACUACUACUUCACCUAAGUACGGCCGCUUUUGGCGUAAAAGUUUAUAUGUAGGCAUUUUCAUCACUCUCAAGAAAACCCCUGAUGACCAAGAAUCUCCACUGUCAUCACCAUCUUAUGUUUCUUUACCGGAAGAACCAGCGGCUGCCUCUGAAAUACUUGAAGGAACCUCCUCGGUUCAUGUAAUCGACGUUGACUCUGAUAAUGGGAGGGACAUAGAUGUAGAUGAUGAAGAGCUCCUUCCGGAGACAGUUGCAGUUGCUAAGAUUGUGAAACGGAAGGACUUGAACUCUCUUAGAAGACUCGGCGGCGUUGACGGGGUUCUUGCACGUCGGCGUUCUAAUUUAGAGGAUGGAAUUGAUGGAGGCCAAGAUCAAGCAUGGAACUCAGUUAAGAAAAAAGGGUUCUUUUUCUUCUUCUUGAAGGCUUGUGGCAGUUACACCAAUGUCCUCCUCCUGGUCUCAACUGUCUUGUCCUUUGUUACUGGUAUCAUUGAGAAAGGAAGAAAAGAUGGGUGGCAGGAUGGGGUUGCAAUACUUGUUGCUUUGGUCCUGCUUGUGGCAUUCCCUUCAGUAGGGAACUAUCAUCAUGAAAGGAAGAUGGCGAAGAAGAAGUUAAAGAAUAUGGAAAAAUUGGAAGUGCUUGUUGAAAGGGGUGAAAAUUUACAACGGAUUUCCAUUUCCAAAGUUGUGGUGGGUGACAUAGUGCGGUUGAAGGAGGGUGAUCGUGUUCCUGCUGAUGGUUUGCUAGUGAGUAGGGACGACUUGGUGUUAGAUGAGGUUUCGAAAUCCAAAAUUAACCAUAAGCGAAACCCAUUUCUCUUCUCAGGUUCAAAGGUUAUUAAGGGUCAUGGUAGAAUGCUUGUAACAUCGGUUGGUAACAAUACAGCUAUGGGCAAGCCGCUGAGCUUGGUGACCGAUCAGCCUAAUGAGAAGACACUGUUUCAAGGUCGGAUUGAGAAGCCUAGUAUUUACAUGGAUAUGAUUGCUCUAUGUGUCACUGUUCUUAUUAGUCUUGUGGUGUUAAUUCGCCUCCUACAUGGUAACCACAGUAAUAGUAAUGGAUUGCCAGAGCUUAAGGGGAAUGUUUCAGUGGACACGAUGACGAAAAUCUUUGAGAAAAUUGCCCUGAAAUCCAAAGGAAAGAUUUGGAUUUUGACAAGUGCUCUUACAUCAGUGGUAAUAGGAAUACAACACGGAAUGCCUUUUGUGAUUACAAUGUCUCUGUGUUGCUGGAAGGAAAAGGUGCAGCUAUCUUGGGCACACCCUCAAAACUUAUUAGCUUGUGGCACAAUGGGGUUGGUAACAGUCAUCUACAUUGAUGCAACUGGUGGGCUAAUGUGUGAACCGGUGGAGGUUAGCAAAGUUUUUGUGGGAGAUAAAGAAAUCAAAAACGAUGGGGACUCUAAAGAUGUUCCUGAAGCUUUGCAACAGGGAAUUGAUGUGUCCCUUCGUGUGUCUGAGAUUUCUGUUAGCCCCACCAAUGCUUUGCUUAUUUCUUUGGCAAAGCAAAGAUUCAACUCAAAUGUCAAUCCAAGUAAUUUUGACAUUCUUGACCAUAAAAGUUGUACCAAGAAAGGAAGUGGGGCUUUGAUGAGGAAAAAAGAUGAAGAUGGAAAAAUUAUGCACUUGCACUGGGAUGGGGCUGCAUCAACUAUAUUGGAAAUGUGUUCACACUACUAUGACAGCAAUGGGGAAAGUCAUGCCAUUGAAGGUCAGAAGAAAGAGUUCAAGAAACAGAUUAAAGAUAUGGAGGAUGGAGGUCUUAUACCCAUUGCAUUUGCUUAUAGAAAAAUUGAGGUACCAGAACUCAAAGAAGAUGGCUUAAGCUUGUUGGCAAUAGUGGGUCUGAAAUACCCAUGUCAGGAAGAGUUUAAAUCAGUAGUGCAAACUCUAAGAAAUGCUGGAGUAGGAGUCAAGUUGGUAUCAGAUGAUGAGCUCUCAGUAGUAAGAGCCAUAGCUUUUGAAUUGGGAAUCUUUAGUCCUGGUUCAAUGGAUGUGGCACUUAAAGGCGAAGAUAUUCGAAAACUGAAAACCAGAGGAGGAAUGGAGGUAUUGGAUCGGGCUACAGUGGUAGGAAGUUGCCUCCCUGAGCACAAGGUUUGCAUGAUAAAGUGCUCGAAGCGAAAGGGUCAUAUAGUUGCAUUCGUUGGAGGAUCAACAACAAUUGACAUUCUAGCACUGAAAGAAGCUGAUGUAGGGAUCAUUGAGGAAACCCAGAGCACCAUACUGGUGAAAGAGUUUUCUGAUAUCACCCUUAAAGGUUAUCGUUCAUUAGUUCCUGUUUUGAAGUUUGGUAGAUGUUGCUACCACAAUAUUCAGAAAUUCAUUCAACUUCAGUUCACUGCGUGCUUAUCUGGGUUGUUAAUAAGCCUAGUGAUGACAAUGGUUCGUGGAGAAUCCCCAAUAACAGGAUUAGAAUUGACGUGGAUGAAUUUGGUUCUGUGCCUUCUAGGUGGCCUAAUUAUGAAGAUGGAGUUAAAAAGCGAGGAACUGCUAACCAAUCAACCGGCUAGAAGAACUCAAUCACUUCUAACCAAGGCCGUGUGGGUAAACAUAGCAAUUCAAGCCUCGUACCAAGCUUCCAUUUUGCUACUCUUUCAACUCAAGGGUCAAGCCAUAACUGACAUGAACGAUGCUGUUCGGAAAACCAUGGUCUUCAACACUUUUAUCCUAUGCCAAAUCUUUAAUCAGUUCAAUGCCAUGGACCUAGUAAAGUGGGAAGUGUUCUGGGUUUUCCUUCAAAACUAUUCUCUUUUGCUGACUUUAAUUGAUGUUAUUGCCACGCAGGUGGUGUUGAUACAUUAUUUGGGAAGUAUAACCCAAUUUGAGAAGUUGAAUGCAGUGCAGUGGACUUGCUGUUUUCUUGUUGCUGCACUUCCAUUGGGAUUUGAUAGGGCCUUGAGCUGGCUUGCUGGCAUAUGGUCAUUGUUUCAGAGUUCAGUUGCAAGGCCAUUGCCUUACGGGAUGCCUUCACCCUAUGUUUCUUAUUUAGGCGUUCCAUUUUUCACGUUCCUUCUCCUUGCAUUGCCUGCACUUUUUACCACUAUCAUAAAUUAUGAUGAAAAUGUGCCAUCAGGUUGUAAAUAAAACUUUUGAGUAAUUCAUUGUGCCUAAUUUGUCUUUAAUUUUUUUUUUUAUAAUAAAUAUUAUCACUUCUUUGUUACCUUUCCCAGAAUUGUAUAAAUGUUGCUCUAGUCGUAGUGUAUUUAUAAAUGUCAAA